GACAGGAAGAGCCAGGCAGACAGGCAGGCAAGCAGACCGCCAGGAUGGGAUGGCAGACUGUGACCGCCAUCGCGUUGGCUCUCAUGGUGUCUGGCGCCACAUGUCAGACCCGAGGAAGUAGCUGCACUACGUCUCAGGGGCUGACUGGGACUUGUGGACCUAUCAGAGACUGUCCUGCGCUGAGUAGCCUUCUGCAGGCUAUCAAGCAAGGGACGGCGCCUUCAGGAUCGCUGAACAUAUUGAGGAAUGCCAUCUGCUCGUUUCUGAACAGCGAGCCGCUCGUGUGUUGUCCCUCCCAGAGCUUACCCGUUACUGCUGUAAAUACUCCGCCCACGAGACCUCCUCCAGUCGUUCAGACCCCGCCCCCCAGCCGCGCCAACGUGCAGUGUGGGAGCCGUGGCAUCGCCGACAAGAUCAUAGAUGGCGAAGACGCUCCUCUCGGUGCCUGGCCCUGGAUGGUGGUUCUGCGUGGCUCAAUUAACGGCCGGCGCUCGUGGUUCUGCGGCGGGGUGCUGGUGUCCGAGCGGUACGUCCUCACCGCCGCCCACUGCUUCAAGGAGAGACUCGGCCUCGUACUGGAAAUUGCAAGGAUCGGCGAGCACACCCUCUCCAUCAACCCCGACUGCUCCAAAGGGCGCUGCGCUCCUCCCCCGCAGGACAUUCCCGUGGAGAGGAUCAUCAGGCACCCCCAGUACGGCUCCCCCUGCACGGAAUGCAACGACAUUGCCCUCCUGCGCCUCAGUCGCCCCGCUGUCCUGCACCCGCGCUUCGUGGCGCCCGUGUGUCUGCCGACCAACCCCGUCCAGGACAUGGGCUUCUCUGAGCAAGAAUUCCAGGGCAAAGCCGCCUGGGCCGCUGGCUGGGGCUCCACUGCAAGGGACUUCUCAGUAUCCCGCCGCCCGGACGUCCUCCAGCAGGUGCAACUCCCCAUUCAGGAGUUGAACUACUGCGACAGGCUCAGAGGGCUAUCCCAGACUCCCGGAUGACACUGUGCGCCGGGGGGGGGGAGGGACACCUGCCGGGGAGAUUCUGGCGGCCCCUGACCCUCGACAACCAGUUCGGGACCAGAAGUUUCAUCGUCGGGGUCACCAGCUUGGGCCCGAGGAGCUGCGGGUCGACCAACACCCAGGGCCUCUACACCAACGUCGCGUUCUACCUCCCCUGGAUCCUCAGGAACAUGCAGGAGUAGGUGGAGGAGGAGGAGGAGUAGGUGGAGGAGGAACAUGCAGGAGUAGGUGGAGGAGGAGGAGGGUAGGUGGAGG